AUGAAGUUCUCAACGGCAAUGUCAUUGGGCAUGUCGCCCCUGGCGCUGGGAAAGGCGGUUAACAAUAUCUACCCGCGAGAUGGUCAUUUGCAGGUCGGCGGCGUCAGCAAAAUCGAGGCGUCCGAGGCGCAACUUGCCGAGCUCGCCCGCCUGAUCGGUCUCAACAAGGGCAGUGGCACAUCCAUCAACUUCCUCUGGGUCAACAUCGGCGGCGGCGCGGCAACCACCGUCCUCGGGGCCGCAUCGACCGUCACCGUCACCCAAACCGUUGCCCACGGCGGCGCCGCCACCGCGCCCCCGGCCGUCGUGACCGGCGACGCCGGCACAACGACGCUCGCCGCCCCUGCCCCCGGUACCACCGUCGUCGCCGGCGGCGCAACCCACAGCGUCACGGUCGGUGGCCCGCAGGGCCUCGCUUUCAGCCCGCCCCAGCUGAGCGCGGCCGUCGGCGACACCGUCAUCUUCACCGUCCUCAGCCAGAACCACACAGCUACCCAGUCCGCCUUCGACACCCCCUGCGUCGCCCUCGACGGCGGCAUGGACUCGGGAUACCAGGCCAACCCCAACAACACCGUCAACCCACCGCCGCAGGUCGCCAUGCAGGUGAUGGUCGACACUCCUCUUUGGUUUUACUGCCGCCAAGGCAACCACUGCGGCCGGGGCAUGGUCUUCUCCAUCAACCCGACCGCCGAAAAGACGCACGCGCAGUUCCAGGCCCUCGCGAUCCAGCAGAACGGCAACGGCGCCGGCUCCGCCAUCACGGGCAACCCGCCUGCCGCCGACCCCAAUGCCAGCGCCAGCGCCGGCGCCUCUGCUUCUUCCGCCUCUGCGUCGGGUACGCUCGCGCCCCUGCCGGGAGUCGCCACGACGGCCACAGAUGCGGCGGCUGGCGCGGCCAACACGGGCGUCGCGACCGGCACGGGCACUAUCGCGGCCGAUGGGUCGUGCGUGUGCGCCGUGCAGUGCAGUUUCGGCGGGUUCCCCAAUCAGGCGGUGCAGGGGAGGGAUAGCUUUGGUGGGUGGGGUGGCGCCGUCCCCAUGGCCAUGGUCCAGGCUCCGCCCGCCGCUCGUAAGAGGUACGCUGCUUGA